GAGUUGCGUGCGACUUCCGUGUGGUGCCUCCGUGCCCUGCAGUCGCCGAGUGGGCAGUCGCUGUUUGACCGCACCGUCGACGCCGAGGCCAAGGCGCUCAGAGAGGGAUUCCCUGCCUCACGAUGUCUGAGGAAGAGGGGUAUAUUAUUAUCACUAUUGAAGACAAUGGUGAUAGCACUAAUGAUACCAAAGUUGUGAUAAUACAAGAUUCUGAAACUGAGCUUCAUGAGAACAUGUUUUCCACUGAUGGCACGUUGACCACACAGCCAGAUUUUCAAGGCAGCAAUGGAGUAGAUGGUUUACCAGUCCCAGGUGACCAGGCAGUUUCACAAAUGAGCCAUCUAGCAACUUUAAAAAGACACAGCUCCAACUCAUUGGAAGUGGAAUUUCUCCUAUCACACAAAAGAAGACGAUCAUCUUAUCCACGGGGAGAUUAUAGGGGAGCCGCGGGCCCCUCUGUACCAGAGGACCAGCAGGAAACCCAGCCCCUGACCAACUCUGUGGGAGCUCCUCUUCAGUCGGCAGCAUCUCCUGAGCUACAGCAGCCGGACCUCAGGCAGAAGCCACCAAUUCCCAAGGUUGUCCCCACGUUUUCAUUACAGUCCAAUCGCACACCAGGCGGCCCAGCUCCUGGUCUUGCCGCCCUUUCCUACUUUGUCAGCGAAGGUGCGGAAGGUGCCAGCUGUGUUACCCUGUCUGCCCAGUGUCCUCCAGCAGUACCUCCAGCCCUUCUGCCACAAGGAAAGCCCAGUCUGGCCCAGUUUCCUGAGGCGGCAAACUGCUCAACUUUACCGGGAAAUAGCAGCAUGGACCCACAUGCUGCCUCAUCAGCUUUCUGCAUCCCUCCCAGUUUUGCAAUUGAAAAGUUCAUACUCCUAGAAAUGUCAGGAAAUGCAGACACCAGCCCCGAAAACAGCUCCGAGACCAUCUAUUACCCAGCUUUAUUGGGAAGUAUCAGGGGCUCAGAUACUGACUCUUCAUCUCUCCCACUCCUGCCCAAUUUUGCACUUGACAAAGUUAUGCUUGUCGAAACGCCGGAAAAAGCAGAAACCAGCCUGGAAAACAGCUGUCAGACGGUGUAUUACCAAACUUCAUUGGGAAAUGACAUUGGCCUAGAUCCUGCCUCUUCAUCUCAAUCCAUCCCACCCAGUUUCGUACUUAAAAAAUGUUGUCUUUAUGAAAUGAUGGGCAAAGAAGAAACCAGCCUGGAAAAUAACACUAAGAUGACAAAUUGCCCACCUGUAUUGGAAAAUGACAGUGGUCAAGAUACUUCAGCAUAUUUCUUCAUCCCUUCCAGUUUUGGGUAUCUCGGUGAUCCAAAAAGGAAUGUCAGGGUGCUUGAUGCUCAUUUGCUGACUGCACAAAGGAAGGCGAAUCCUAGGCAUGCAGUCCGCUACCUGAUUCAUAUUUUGUUCUCCAAGAAAAUUCUGACGGACGGCUGGGUAGGUGUCAAUUCCCAAGGCCUCCGACCUCUAGAUGCAAACAAAAUGGCUGCAUUAAGAGAACAUCUGCAAUCAGUUUUUCCCGACUAUGAUUUGCGUGAAUAUGGAAAUUACUGGCAAACCUGUAUUGCCGAUAUCAAUUCUCUGAUCAGCUGUUUGCGUUCUGAAGCCAACACAAUACGACAGAAAGCUGGUGACAACAGUAAAGGCCCUACCAAUCCUGAUACACCAGUGGCUGCAGAUUUGAACGGUACGAGGUAUGGUAAAGGCAGUGAAAGCAGUUCCCAGUUAUCUCAGCAAGCAGCUGCCUCAGAAACAAGAGGAAAUGGGAAUUCUCAGCACAACAGCAGCGCUUGCCCCAAAGGAAUUAAAGAAUAUUCCACUGAUAAUUCAUUGGUAUCUUACGAAGCAUUGGAAUAUCUUGGAAAUCCAGAUAGAAAUAUCCAGUUGCCGCAUUCAGUGCUAAGUAUGGCAAAAGUGAAGUCUCGCCCAGAGCUGUCAGCCAUAUACUUAAUUCGCAACCUGUUCACAGAGGAAGUCCUGAUAAGAAGUAACAUCUAUGGCAGCUUGGGGCAUGGCUUGUAUGCCCUUAAUCCGAAUAGGAUUAACGCUCUUCGAGAAUUUCUUGGAGACGCCUACCCAACCUGCGAUCUAUCAGAAAGUGGAUAUGACUGGAAGUUGUGUGUGACAGCUAUCAAUAGUUGUAUCCGUAGUCUUAGAUGUGACUUCAAGAAGUCCACAUCCAAAGCAUAGCCGCUUCCAGCAACAAACCCUUUAACAGAGUCAGAGCCAAGAGAUAUUGACUGA